AUGGCACAGCAGCUGCUUCCAACCACAGCGCCGUCGAUAAUCAGUACUACUUCUGAAGACAUGCGUCCUGGAAAUCGUCAGGAUGCAUCCGUUGGUAGCUACGGUCGUUCGAUUGUAGCCUCCCCGAUUUCUGCUCUAGCGGUUGAGUUACUUUCAGAAAUUUUGGCGAUGGCAAGUGGGUACGAGGAAGGAUAUUCCGAGGCUUCAGAAGGCAAUCGCAACCACCGGUGGUCUCCUCUAGUCAUUCUAGGCGAAGUAUGCAAGAACUGGAGAGAUGUCAUUUUAGGGACCCCCAAGUUGUGGACUACUCUCAUCGUCAACCCGAGCAUGGAUUUCAAGUUCACAAAUCUUAUUCAAAAACGGAUUUUUCGCUCGGGAGGCCUUCCUAUAUCACUUGUUGUACGACAUCGAAGAGGCUCAGGCGGCGUUACGUUAGAAGAUAUACAACCUCUCCUGGAUCUCAUUAGAACGUGUUCCGCGCGAUGGAAUCGAGUCUUUCUCUACAAGGUCGACUGCGAUGUACUUUAUGAAAUUUUUAAAAAUCUCAAGGACACCACAAGGAUCGAAGAUUUACGUAUUGUGUACGGAUCACUCUGGAAGGAAGUUCCCAUGUUUCAGCCUCUCCGACCUCAUAAAUUUGAGGCACAGACCAUCUCCGGAGCGCUCGUUCACUUUCAUGAUUUAAACUUUCUCCAAUGGGACAACUUGCGGCAUCUCAUAGUGGACGACAUCGAUGCUGAACUAGUUCUGCAUAUCGUCAACCACGCUGUCAAUCUUGAAACAAUCGUAAUAAAGUCGAUUAGGUUAAACACCUUUCGCUAUCAUAUCCACGGAAAUGUCAUAACACUUCCCAACGAAAGGAAGAGCAUUCACAAUAGCUCCGUGACACAUCUGGAAAUGUCUUUACUGGGCGUCAAAGAUGCGCUUCAAUAUCUGUGCUUUCCAUCGUUGAAAACUUUGGUAUGCCGGUUAGAUCCGAAAGGGGCAUGGGAGGAUUCUUUUUACAGCGAGGAGACAGAGAUUGUGGAAUUUUUCGAGCGAUCGCAUGCAAUAAUGCCAAUUCAAAACGUGAUGCUUGAGUUGCAAGCCUGUAACGGUAUGACUCUGUUAGGUCAUGAAGGUCUUGGACCUUGGUCAGUUAGAGGAUCUUCUAUAUGGCACUCUCGAUACCCCCCUCUGACUCAUUUGAGGAUCAACGUAGACUCUUUUAAAGUCAGCCCUAAAACAUUCGACGACACUCUACGUGAACUCAGAUAUGGCGCGGAGGAUGAUUCUGUCCUCUUCCCUAGCUUACAGAUCCUGGAGAUUCAAUUAAUCUAUUUUAUGAAGCCCGAUCGUUGGAAUAGCUUCAUUGACAUGUUUCCGCCGAGUAUCGCGUACCAUGGCACAGAGAAGUCUCCUCAUUCGUACCUCGUAAAGCCUAUGCGAAGGUCGCUUUCUAAGGUUGCUCUCAAGCUGGUUAACAAAGAUGAAGUUCUUCGGCCUCUAGUACACGACGGAGAUUUAAUGAAGCAAGAUCAAUUUUUGCAGCUCUUGAAUAUUCAAAGAUCCGGCGUUGAACUUCAGCUUAUUGGAAGAGACGGAGAAGAUUUUCUUGUGCACGCUGGAAGAAAAUACAGGAGUGACUCUAAGGACAAUGAAGAGUGA